AUGGAUCAACAUAGCAACAUUUCAGAAGCAAAUUCUGAUAACAAGAAAAGAAACAAUUCUAUCCACCUUCUUGCACAAAUAUUUUCAGAUUAUUUAGAGUUGAAGGAGCUUCUUAGAAUCCGCGGCGUUUGCAAGGAUUGGAAGUACGCUUCCACCGAAGCAUUGGCUCGUAUUGAAACCUUUCAAGACGAGCCAUGGUUUCUUAUGUAUGGCAAAGGUUCUACGUGUUCGUUGCUAAGCAACGAGGAUAAGUUGUAUACAUUGAACAUCCCAGAAUUCGAGGGAGCAACUUGCGUUGCCUCGAAUUCGGGGUGGCUGCUUCUGUUUCGCCAAGGCUCGAUUUUCUUCCUUUGCCCGUUCUCCAGAACAAGAAUUGAUCUUCCAAAGUUUCCAUUACCGGAACUAAUAGAUUGCUCUGAAUAUGUUGCUGCAUUUUCGUCGGCUCCGACUAGUGAAGAUUGCACGGUGGCUGUGAUUAACCGAUGGCAUGAAAUCACUUUGCAGUUACAUCUUCUUCGCCGCAGCGACCAACGUUGGAGAGUGUAUGAAUGUCUUUGUACAAUAGGAGAUUUGAGUACAAUAAAGUUUGCUACUUAUAAGGAAGGAGCUUUUCAAAUAUUAGAUGGUUUUAAUGGGUUAGUUACCUUUGAUGCUAGAACCAAAAGAUGGAGAAAACAUGUUGAAAACUCUUCAUCAGUAGGAAAGUAUCUCAGGUGUAAAAUAUGUAAUAAUUUGAGCGAGAAACUAGGGUUGGAGAAAAAUGUUUGUGUGUCUACGUGUGGAACUCAGAUUUCACAGUGUGAUGGACUUGACAUCGUGAUUCAGAAUGAGAAUAUUCAAGCAGCUAAAGGGUCCAGCCGUACAAGACCAUCCAUUGUUCAUGUUUCUGAACAACGGAUGACUCAUCGUAGACCGGACGAAAGGACUUAG